AUGGGUGGGCUCCUGUCUCAUCCGGAUACUGCCGUUAAUUUACCGCGGCCUGCCAACGGCAGCUUUCAAGGCAAUGUGACGCCUCUAAGUAACGGCAAGUAUAAAGUGCGCAUUAUGAACGCUGGAGACUCCCUACACUGGGUGUUCGGCGAUUUCGCGUAUAAGGAUGAUGCAAAUCGCCGUGAUGACAAACGGAAGUGUAUCGCUGUACCGGAGGUGAAGGAGGUCGUUUGUGAGGCUGGCGACCGGGUACUGGCUCAUAGCGGAAGUGGUUUGGCCGAGAUAGCUUCUGAGAUACUCCAGCGCUGUCUCAAUUUAUUGGGGUCUACAGACAACAUGACAUAUAUGGUAAUUAGAGUGGAAACGAGGGACUUCGGAUUGAAGGAGCAACAGGGAGAGCUUCAGCUGGGUCGGUACUCGUCUGUGCACUCUUCAGCAUUGGAUAUGGCUGAGAAGUACCAGGUGUUCUUUAGUGAG